UCAUUACUGCGUGACAACAAUUUUGCCUUUGGGCCUUUGGCUUUGACAGUUCGACUUUUUCUUGCUUCUUCAGUCUGUAGUAGUAGAACUGUAGCUAAUAUAUCACCGUCUACUUCGGAAUUUUUAAGAUUGUUAUCGUAAAAGUGAAAAGCGUUUCCAUUUUUCCAAAUUCUCUCGUUCAUAAGGUUCACAGAACUGCAGUGUGAUGUCAGCUAUUGAUAAAAACAAACCCAGGGAGGUGGCGGUUAUCGUGAAAAGAAGACGGCCUGGAUUGUUUUGCAUUACGUUUCAUUUGGAAGUACCGAAUAAAAAAUACGAAGAAACUUUAUUUCGUUAUUCGACGGAAUUUAAAAUUGAAAAUCAAAUGUGUGAACUGGAUAUAUCUUUUAUCUUUACAAACACAAUUCCUUAUAAUAUAUAUAAGGGUGACGUAGAUUUUUGCUGGGCGUCAGAUGGCGACAAGGGCGGAGAAGAUGAUGAAUCGAAACCUAUUAAGGUUUCAAUCGUUAUGAAUGAAGAAGAAGAGGGAUUAAUGUUGGAGAAAUAUGAUCGGAAUCACUGGGGUUCCUAUGAAUACAUUGCCUGCCCAGCUAAAAAAUGUUUUACCGACAUUACAUCAUGGGAGACGUCAAAUCCAAACGAAUGGAAUCCCUUGACCUGUCAUCUCUUGCUGGAGUUUGAAACCGCCGUUAAAAGGAAAAAUAACGCCCUCAAACAAAUAACUGAGUUGUACGUCCAGCAGAUUCACUGUGAUGUCCAGUUUAAUUUCGAAGAUGAUCAACACAUUAGCGGCCAUUCACUCAUACUAGUGUCCAGGAGUCCCGUCUUUGCCGCAAUGUUCCAGCACGAGAUGAAGGAGAAGAAGACGGGCCAAAUCAGCAUUCCAGACAUCCAUCCAGACAUAUUCAAGCAGUUGCUUCAUUACAUUUACUCGGUCCAGCUUUCAGUACCGCUGACUGAAAUCACUGCCCAGCAGCUAUUUGAAGCGGCCGACAAAUACGACAUUAAUGAUUUGAAGGAUGAGUGUAUCGAUUUUCUACUAGACUGCGUCCGCGUGGACAACGUGAUCAAUUUGAUGGCGUGGGCACACAUUCAUUCAGUUGACGAGCUAACGGAAGAAACUCUCAAAUUAAUCAAAUUCACGUCGCUCCAUGGGAAAGAAAUUUCUCAACUAAAAGAUUGGGGGAAUCUGAAGAAAAAUUACCCUGAAGUCUGUCUAGAGGCUACUCGACGCAUUAUUGACCAAAUGUCACCGUCUUUCAAAAGUGAUUCGAACGUAGCAAUACCACUGUCAAUUCGAACCGACAAUAAUGGUCUUCUGGAUGAAGAAUGAUAUUCCUAACAACUUGUUUUAAAUAUAACCUAUCUAUAUUUCGACUAUCGAUAAAUUGUUGGAAAGGGAAUCUUUUGUAUUGGUAAAAUUUAUAUCUAGCAAUUGUCAUCGUGCUGUCUACUUGCUAUACACUACAUCAUAUCAUU